AUGCAUAGAGCCAUGAAAGCCGCCGUGUUGGCAGCCUUCGCGGCAUGCACAGCCCUGGCGUCCCCCCUAUCCAAGAUCGCCCUGCUCGACAACUGCCUCUCCGCCGCCGAGGUGCCAAUCGACGCCCCCGGCUCCCCUGACUGGCUCCUGGACAGCACGACCUUCAACCUCCGGCUCAACUACACGCCCGCCGCCAUCGCGACGCCCACCACGAUCCCGCAGAUCCAGGCCGCCGUGUCGUGCGCCGCCACGGCGGGCCUCAAGGCCAACGCCAAGUCGGGCGGGCACAGUUACGCCUCCUUCGGCACCGGCGGCGAGGAUGGUCACCUCGUGAUCCAGCUCGACCGCAUGAACGGCGUGUCUCUUGACGUCGACACGGGCAUCGCCACCGUGCAGGGUGGGGCUCGGCUCGGCAGGGUCGCCAACGAGCUGUACAAGCAGGGCAAGCGGGCCAUCAGCCACGGUACCUGCCCGGGAGUCGGGGUGGGCGGACACGUCCUGCACGGUGGGUACGGGAUGUCGUCACACAUGAAGGGCCUGAUGCUGGACUGGCUCGUCGGGGCGACCGUUGUGCUGGCCAACUCGACCGUCGUCGAGUGCUCCGCCACCGAGAACUCAGACCUGUUCUGGGCCAUCCGCGGCGCCGGGUCGUCCAUGGGAGUUGUGGCCGAAAUGCGGUUCGACACGUUUGUGGCGCCCGACGAGGUGACGUAUUUCAUCGCCCAGGUGCCGUGGAAGAACACGACGGCCGUGGAUGGGUUCAAGGAGCUGCAGGAGUUUGCGGCCGAGCAGAUGCCGGCAGAGUUGAACAUGCGGCUGUUCAUCACGAGGCAGUUUGCGAAUCUCGAGGGCAUGUACUGGGGCAACAAGACGGGUUUGCAGCAGACGCUGGCUCCAUUGAUGAAUUCCACGGGAGCUAAGCUGCAGUAUUCGCAGUCGGACAACUGGCUGGGGCAGUUGACGCACUUUGGAAACGGCUUGACCUUGGAUCACCUGUACACCCACGCACUCGACCCGACACAGAUCCAGGCCUUUGUCGACUACUGGUUCAACAAAGGCAAGUCGGCACGCCGCGACUGGUACGUACAGGUGGAUCUGCACGGCGGCAAGAACUCGGCCGUAUCGAAACCGGGCGUCGACUCGGCAGCUUACGCGCACCGCAACCACCUGCUCUUGUUUCUAUUCUACGAUCGCGUGGAUGCCAGGGGGGUCUAUCCGUCUGACGGAUUUGCCUUCAUCGACGAGUUUGUUGGCGGCUUGACCAAAACACUCGGGGUAGACGAUGGUGAGACCUGGGGUCGGUAUCCCAACUAUCCAGACUCAAGGCUCAGCCCUGACAGUGCGCAAAGGGGGUACUGGGGAGGCCAUCUGCAGCGACUGCGCGAGAUCAAGAGUGCAGUUGAUCCGGACGACAUUUUCCAUUAUCCGCAAGGUGUGCGUCCUGUGGUCUAG